AUGAGCCCCACCGUGUGCCCCGCAGCCGCCACUGACCGACAACCGCCUACUGCUCCGGUAACCUGGCCCUCGGAGUCUGGGCUUCCGUCGUCAGGGCUGCCACCAUCCGGCAUGCCGCCGUCCGGCCUGCCCCCCUCCGGACUACCGCCGUCAAGACUGCCGCCCUCAGGACUGCCGCCGGUAGUGUCGCGUCCGCCAGCAGGCCGUGAGGUAGGCCGCGAUCGAUACUGGCUGCCCGAUCAGGGGCAGCCCCGGUCCGGACAUGAGCACCGCUUGCACGACCUGCACUUGCACGACCAGACCGGACACGCAAGCACGAGCACGGGUGUGCGGAAGCCAGUCACCGGCGUGGGCAAAGACGCGAAGCUUUCCUGGGACCAGAAUUCACGGCUUAGCUCGAUGGUGAAGCGCCUGCGCGGCUCGCGACGGCAUGGCACAGAGGACGACGAGGACUGGUGGGAGGACGACGCAGAGGAGGAGCCGUUGGCGCUAUUCACUCGGUCCGUGCGGGCGCCGCCGGGCGUGAUUAACGUGUACCUGGAGUCUUCGCCGAUCAGCGCAGACAUCAUCAAGUCACUUCCGGCCUACACGGAGGAGGUGGAGGAGGAGAGCGACAAGCAGAGCAUGAUUCGCGCGCGCGGCAUGCUGUGGAUGCCGUAG